AUGUCCAGAAGAAUAAGAAAAACAAAGCAAAAAUACAAAGUGUCCCCCGCGCAAAGUCUACGAAGAAGACGAUCGAGGAAACGCGCUAAAGAAAGAAGACUGGAAAGAAAAAAUGGAAUCAAGAGAAAAAGUAGAAACCAGGGUAUGUAGUAUAUUUUCUGUUCUGGGUUAAGGAUGUUUCGAAACCCCCUUGAACAGUGGAUGCAAAAAGGAGCGAAUAGCUGGAUUGAGAAACAGUAUGAGCAGAUUUUUGGCUUGGAUGAAGUGAUGGAUGGUCGCUCCUUGAUAUACUCUUGUGAUUAGUUCAGGUCAUCAUGGAAGGUUUUAUUAUUUUGUUUGAGAUUACUAGCUACAACGCUUAAAGACCUCGUUCUGUUCAUGGUUUACUUUCUGUAUUCGGUCAAAUGCGAAGUUAUCCGAUCGAGUGAAAGCUCCCUAUUGAUGAUCUUCUAUCAAAAUCGUAAUGCGAAACUUUAUACGAGGUAAAGCAUUAUUUGACCGGCGUUCAGCGCUCUCAAGCACUAUUUUCAAAAAUUUGUUUCCCUGACAUGUUUUGACUGUAGAAAAAAUACGAUGUUUUGCUUGACCCAAAGGUCAAUCAUCCUCAAAUGUCUGUGAAAAUAUAUUAAUCCAUGUAUCAUUACAGAUUCCAUGAGAGAAAACAAGUUGUUUCUUCAACAUUUCGAUACACUUGUUCUCUCUCGGUUCCAAAAUUUACGGUCGAAAAGUUUCCAAAAUGCACCAUAUCCUUUGGGUGCCACUUCGGGACAUCCGACGCACGAACCGUAUCGUUAAAUGCGUAUAAUCUUCUCACCUGUCUUUCGAGUUGACGAAUAAUUCACUAUUUGCAUUGCCUUUCCUUUUAAGCCUUCACGUUUUUUGACAUUUUUACGGUGAUUUUAUUACUCUGACUCUAUUCUUUCGAAAUCUUUCUGUCUACAAAGUAUGAGACUGUGAUAGCCGUAGGAGUGCGCCUGUCAAGACUGUCAGUUGCUCAACUUCACGCCCUUGUUUUAAGCUGUUACAUACACAGUGAGUGUACCUUGCUAUUAGCCCGAAACGUAAAAUAAUUCUUAAAAAGUCAAGUGAAGAAACAGCUCGCUUUUACUUUUUUCCCGGGAAAGUUAACGUAAUUUCGAUAUCUUUCGUCAUCUUUGUAACAUGCUAUGUGCUCUGGAAGGAAAUCACGUAUUUGAAGAAAUCAGUGUACAUCAUGGAAAUCAUUUGACAUGGGGCGCGGGGCAUGAGUACUCGCGUCACGCACUUACCACGCAAGUGAUUGCCUUCUGGAAGCGGUGGGAUAGGAAAGAUUUGACAACCAGCGACUGAGGCGUUUUUCGUAUACUCAACCCACCCACCCGUAGCCUGUUUAAAGACCCCCCUCCCCUCACGAUUUUUUCCUGAGGGGAGGAGGGGUCUGUACCCAGGCUACCCACUCGCGGGACGUCAACCUCUCCGGCUUUAGCAUAAGAUCGACAUUCACAGGAACAAAGGCUCCUGACAUUCAAGAAAUUCGACUAAACUUGGAUAACCUCCUACUCUAAUAAUUUGGUCUGUUUUUUUCCCUUAGUAUUCUGUAUAAUCAGUAAUCGGCUCCUGGUAUAACCAAGAGCCAUUAUGGCUCUUGGUAUAAUUUAGCUCAUGCAUGCCUUCUCAUUGCACGAUAUAUUGCCACACGGAGCGGUAGAUUUUUCUGGUCAGAGUUGGUUAAGGCCACCCACCCCUAUCUUUCGACAAAGGCGACACUAUUUUUGUUUCGCGUCAAAGGUAGAGUAAGCUUGUUGUCAUCUAUGUCUUUGAGUUGUACAAAGAUUUGAUUUCUUUACCCUCACAAACGCCUUUGAAUAUGCUAGACCAUGCUUACCCUCUUGCUCAAUCCAACUUUGUCACAUCUUAACCUCGAGUCAAAGGUAAUAAUAUGCAAUUUUUCUCCUCGCAUUUAGGUUCGUUUGUAUACCGGCUGUCAGACAGACAUGCCCCAAGAGGGUGUGUCGCCGUGCGGGGGAAGCAAAUAGAACUUAUUUAAAGCCAGCCACAAGAUCGUGCCAGUUAUUUUUAUUUCACACAAUGGUGUGAAAACCCUCCAGCUAGCUGAGACGGAAAUCAAGAACGCCUCGCGCGCAGCAGAUCGGGUGCGACUUCUGAUUUUAUACUAGCCUGUUUAAAAACUAUUUUGGCAUGAGAGACAGUCACGUCACUCUUGUAAAAGAAACUGCAAUUGCGUCGCAGUUUGCGAUUUGCGCAUCUUGAAGUGGAACGAUUCCAAAUGCUUUCAUGGAUUGUUUUAUUUCAUUGUUUUGCUAGAGUUGAAGUUCCCUUUACUGAAGUGCUUUGGAAAACAUAUUUAAGGCUGCCAAGUUAUUUCUGUUUCCUCAUGAAAAAUCGGCUUAAAUUGAACUUGAUGAGCUUUUAGCCAAGCCCAUUUAAUGGUUUGUUACCAUAGAAACAGGCCUACGGAAUGCACGAAGAUCUAACAAUCUGAAAUACACUAUUGAAAAAGUUCUUCGUCCAACAGCUCUAUAACUUUCUGUUAUCGUGAAACUCGUGAGGUGACUGGUAGCAAGUCUACAUCUGGUUAUGAAUUCCUGCUUUGCCAUAAAAGCUUUCAAUUCAGUGAUGUAUAUCAUGUUAACAGUUACGCUUUUUAGUAUAGUACCCUUGCGGCCAUAAAAUGAUCGACAAUGAUGAUGAUGAUGAUGAUGAUGAUGAUGAUAUGAUUAUCAUUGCUGUUUUCCUGGGCUGUGUUAUUUUUGACUUGCGAUCAGGCGGUCUUUCUUCCCUUUUCCGGGUUCCUCCGACAAAAAAAAAAUAAAACGCCUGAUCACAGUAUAUUUUUUCGCUGUGGCUAUAUGGCCGCGUUAUUUUUUAUUCAUCAUUGAUAGUGUUAUUUUUAAGAGGGUUUCAGUUUCAAUAGUUCAUGAUUGUUAGUUAAUCGCUUGAGUUGUUUCGCUCUGGGAUUGUCUUAGGCUCGAACCCGGUAUUAAAAUGACUCAGGCUUUUUCUCACCCGAGAUUAUGGAUAUUACAUCUUUCUCAUUUCCUUGCUGAGCUGAAAAUUUAUCUCAAUAUCAGGAGCCGAUUAAUCGGCUCCUGUCAAUAUCCGUUAUCAUGCUAUCAAUUUUGUUCUAACAGAAAACUUACGCAUGCAAACGAAUUAAGUUCACAAAACGGAACUUCGCUUGACACGUUUACUGAAUAUCGUUCGUUCUACAUUUUAACGACCUUUCUAUAUAAUUAAUGGAAGCACCUUGUCGGUAAUCGAUAUUUUAAUGCACUAUCGACAGAAAGGCGAAACUUAAUUAGUUUCAUUAAUUUUUAGCCUGCGGUGUUUAUAUUACGUUUUUUAAAAAAGAUUGUAUUAAUUUUGUAACCUCUCUAACUAGUAUAAAAGCAAAGUGUUUUAAUGAGAUACUCGUAAUGAAUAUGGCGAAAAAGACAUGCGAUAAAGCUCGUCUUUUUCCUUUUUGCUAGUUUAAAGCGGAGUGCCUUCGUUUACAUGUCUUUGAAACUCAAUCGCUAUUUCCUGAAAGAAAAAGGAAAGUUAAAAACAAUUCAUACUGUCAAAACUCACGCGGUAAAAAUUCGGGGAAUGGCGAUAAAUAUCAAUUCAAGAAAUAGUUUGAUAUCCUCUCUACCUCUGAAAAGAAAACAAUAACUUAGCAAAAGAUCGCGAUAAAACGUUACAAUGACAGACCGCUUUAUCGCGUGACGGGUAAGAAAAACGCAAAAAAUGACUCGUCUAAAAAUGUUUAACAUGAGAAAGCUAUCUUAUUGUCAGCUGUCCUCUGUGCUCAAAAAACCUCUCUUUUCCAUGAUUUCAUGGAUGAUUCUCUGUAAACAAAGAGAGGGAAAAAAAAAGAUAGGAGGAUAGUUUUAAAUGAGGAGGUUCCCGAUGGAACGAGGCUGUUUUCCUUCCGGAAAACGCUCCUCGCAGGAGAUAAAAGGGGUGAUGAAGGGUAAACCAUUGACAUUAAAAAGUUCUUCCUAAAAAUUACAUUUCAAGAAAAAUCGUAAAAGAUUGAAAAAAUUACGUAAUACCUUAUUUAAAAAAGAUUGUAUUAAUUUUGUAACCUCUCUAACUAGUAUAAAAGCAAAGUGUUUUAAUGAGAUACUCGUAAUGAAUAUGGCGAAAAAGACAUGCGAUAAACCUCGUCUUUUUCCUUUUUGCUAGUUUAAAGCGGAGUGUCUUCGUUUACAUGUCUUUGAAACUCAAUCGCUAUUUCCUGAAAGAAAAAGGAAAGUUAAAAACAAUUCAUACUGUCAAAACUCACGCAAUAAAAAUUCGGGGAAUGGUAAGAAAUAGUUUGAUAUCCUCUCUAUCUUGAAAAGAAAACAAUAACUUAGCAAAAGAUCGCGAUAAAACGUUACAAUGACAGACCGCUUUAUCGCGUGACGUGUAAGAAAAACGCAAAAAAUGACUUGUCUAAAAAUGUUUAACAUGAAAAAGCUAUGUUAUUGUCAGCUGUCCUCUGUGCUCAAAAAACCUCUCUUUUCCAUGAUUUCAUGGAUGAUUCUCUGUAAACAAAGAGAGGAGAAAAAAAAGAUAUAGGAGGAUAGUUUUAAAUGAGGAGGUUCCCGAUGGAACGAGGCUGUUUUCCUUCCGGAAAGCGCUCCUCGCAGGAGAUAAAAGGGGUGAUGAAGGGUAAACCAUUGACAUUAAAAAGUUCUUCCUAAAAAUUACAUUUCAAGAAAAAUCGUAAAAGAUUGAAAAAAUUACGUAAUACCUUGUGAAAGCACCCCUGAAGAGGUUUUCGUUGAUGGUCACCCCAAAUGAUUUCAUUCAAAGACUUGAAAAUUGUUGACUCAGUUGUCAUUGGGAUUGAAAACCAUUCCUAUUAAUCUGAAGUAUGAGCAAAAAGCAAGUGACUUUUUUUAUCAGGCGAAGAAAUUAAACAAUUCAUAAUCGAACGGAAAUGAAUGGGCUGUUUCUAGACACUAUAGAUUACCAAAAACAUGGUAAUAAGAUACCGUACACGCGAAAUGAUUGCCAAGGUCAUAGCCAAGGUCAACAAUUUCACGCUUCUGUUUUAUCUUCCGUCACAGACAGAGCGAUGGAAUAUGUAUUAUAGCACAUAUCCUUGCAACAACAAACAUUUAAAUCAACUGAAAAAUACAAAAACAGCCGCAUCCGUAAAGUAAUCGGUUUCGGUUUUGACAAAAUCGAUUGAUCUGUUGAAGGACUUCGAACUUUUAAGCGCGGGAACUGGACAGAACAGAGGCCAUCAAAAAGAAGAUUGGUCCAAUCACUUCAAUGUGACAAGGAAAUUCUCUUGUUAAGAGUGUUGCGUGGGAUUCUGAAAGACUGUUAAAGUUUAUAAGACCAUAUAACAACUACAGCUUUGAUUUCAGUUACUUUUAAACAAUUCGCUGUUUCCUGUAGCCAGAUACUUCCCCGAACCAAAAAAAACAACAACCGCCCUAAACUAAAUUUUUUGGGUAUAUCAUUAUAAAUUGUUAGUUUUUCAUUAAAGAAAAAUUCUUUGUCGCAUUUCCACAAACGAGACCAGGGGGAAGAGUUUUGACCGAUUCCGUUUCCGAGUGCAAUCAGCUUUCGUCUUAUGUUACAGAAAUAUAUAAAUUCACGUUCCAGCUUGACAACUUAAUUAAUUAUUUAUUUAAGCACAACAGUCCUGGAAAAGGUGCGUUAUGUGUGCAUUUAAUAUUCUUGGUGUUUUACGUAAUAUUACUCGGAUUGUACGUUUAAAUUAAAACAAGAGAUUAGAAGUCUCUGUGUAAUCAAAAAACUGCCAAAUAAAUAGACCAAGCUAUAGACGAAACAAUAUUGCGAGUUGCCUGAAGGUUGGGGGCCUGUAGCCGAUCACAGUGGAUGGGUCGGUUUUCCAAACCAAGGCGCGUCAAAAAUUUGCUUGCUGUGCUUUUUGCAAACUCCUUGUUUCCGUUGAAGCCGGCUAUAACGGCUCCAAAGUUAUUAGAACAGUCAGCUAAACAAAAGAAUUCUGCGGUAAAGCUCUUCUCCUCCGAGAACAAUAAGCACAAAAACAUCAUUGAAGUCCUUAAGCCGUCCCAAGUGUCGUCUUGGAUGCACGCUCGAAUAUUUUAGUAGUUUUUAAGUAUUUCACAUCAAAAUAUUACUGCAAUACAUUUAUAGUUACAUAUUAACUCAGUUUCUUUAGAAAAUGAUCAAUUCAGUGUAAACAGUCUUCUUUAAAAAAUUACGAUUUUAUGGAAUUUUGAGCUUCGUUACCAAUGUCUUGUAGGUUGAGUUGCAGUGGCAUCGCAAAAUGGUGCAUAAAGUGAAACGUUGAACGGUUAGCAAAGAACAUUGAUAAGUUAUCUAUAGAAACUGCUAUAUUAUCUUUAUACGCCGGUUUUUGGAGAUUUUGUGGUUGCUUUUGAACUCAGAAUUGUUGUGUUUACGGUAGAGGUUUCGGCCUGUAAAAUGAUUGGUUCUUUUGGAGAUGUAAUUAUCAGGUCAUUACCAUGUGACGUCAUCGCGCGGGCCCAUCUCGCUUUGCUUCUCAGUGUUCACAAUUUGCAUGGAGGAAUCUUGUGACAAAAAUUAGACUGCAUUUUCUUUCUUCGGUUAGCCCUGGUUAUUCGACACUUUUCGCCGGGUCGUGCUCAAGACAUCAAUCCUCGAUUAAUUCUUCAAGUUGAAUAGAGUUGAGCACGUGCAGAAGAAUCGAAUUUCAUGUUCUAAUCUACAAUGAUCUAAACUCGCCACAGGGCUAAAACUGUUCGGAUCGAUUGUUUUGAGUGGAGAAAACAGUUUCCUGCCCUGUCCCAUCGUUGCCGACAGCUUUCCUUGGCCUUCCUGCAAAGUGGUGUCGUUUAUUCUGUUUUCACUGUGUAAGGAAUGACAUCGGAUGUAGAAUUGGGGAGACUAUCUUGACGAUAUGCCCGAAAUCGGUGAGAGCGCUGAUUUCUACAAAUACGCUUGGCUUCGACUCUUGUUAUGUGAAGUCUUACUGUUUCAGUUGUUUGGUGUUCGUCUAAAUUAUCAAAUUUCUUGAAAAAUGCGAUGUCUUUGGGAAAGGCAAACUUUUAAGCCGUCUUCGUGUCACUGGGGAUUAAAUGUCGUUUUAAGUACCUCGGUUUUGAAUAAUAUGAAGGUUGGAGGCUUACGAGAAAAUUUCGGAUUAGUUUGCUUCAAGGAGACAAGUUAUGGCGUUCAAACCUGCUCUCAUAAUUAACACAACACUGUUUUUGUUUUUCAGGUCGGGAUAAUUUUGACCACUAUGAUAAAGGUAGGACAUUUGUGGCCAAUUCUUAAAAUUUAUUUGUUUAUCUAGCGAUUUCAGCAUAAUAGGAAAGCUUUAUCGGAUUUCUUUGAAGUUUGUACAACACAGGAAAGUGCCAUCGAAACGCUUCUUGCCUUCUAGCACUUUCCCUCGGCCCAUUGACAAACUCUAUAACUUUAACAUCCCAGAGAUGAUUUUACAAGGUCAGUUGUUGCUUAGACCAUAAAUUUACAUUAACAAAGUGUUGUGACUAAUAAGGAGGAAGCGUUUUCGCCUAAGAAAAUUGUAAUUUUCUUGUUUGAUCAAGUUAAUUCGUAAAUGGCCUGUGAAAAAGUUUCGUGAGUACACAAUUCUUCUUUGAUUCGAAAUUUGUCAGAGGUUGCUAAAAAAAGCUGGUUGAAGGUCAGUGAUGAGCAUUCUGGAUAGUUUUGGCAUUAUUUACCCUUUUCGACAUCCAAAUGAAAUCUAACGCACAUAUCGAUGACUUAAAACUAAGCUUUAUAAUAGUUAUACGACGUACACGUAUUGAAGCCUUUAUAAGGAAAUGCGUUCAUAAUAGGUUUCUCUUUGCCAAUUUUAUUGGAAAACAGGCCAAACGAUUUAAGUGAGCAGAUUCUUGUCUGCUCAAUCUCAGCAUAUUCUAGAUGCAGUAUUAACCGGUUUAUUAAGUGCUCUCCACAAAAGCGUUCAUAUAAAAUUUAAUGGUGAGACGAUUUUUCAAGGAUCAACCUUUCAACUAUGUGGUUUCGAUCUGCUUGCAGGCGAAAGAAAGGUCUGUCAAGGGAAACUCUGUUCCAGUAGUAUUGAAACAGGAAAAGAAGUCGCAGUUAAGGUACAGUUGUUAUGCUGAGACUAUAUUUAACUUACAUACGUUGAGCAAAGUUCAUUUAAUUGCCCUUUGAGGUUAAAUCAUGUUGUAUAAUACAAAAUGUUUGAAACCAUUAAAGUACACCAUGAUUUCUUUCCGGCCUGCUUCAAAUAGCUUGUUCUUUCUCUUGACUGAAAGUAAUAUAAAAAUUAAAUUAAUCAAGAUAAUAAUGAGACGUGUUAAAGUGUAAUUUCAGUUUAUUUCCCUGCGAGAAUGUUAUGUCCUAGCAUGUGAGUAAAUUAAAAUCAGGCUUUUUUUUUCAAGAAUUUUUGCAUCCUAUGUCUUGCAUGUGUUCCGUGCGGGAAUUCUUGGAAAGUUCAAAAAGCUAUAUAUUAAGAUCUUAAACAAGCAAUUUAUCUGAUGUUCUGUGGUCUCGGGUUUCAUGCAUGUGACUGAAGGUCACAGCAAAAAAUUGAUUUUUUUUCGGUUUAGACUAUUUGAAUUUCCAUCAAAGACAAGGCUUCCUGUGGAGAGAACAAUUACCUAGGCAAUUAUGAGAAAAUAUAGUUAUAGAGCAUUGAAAAGUUCUUGUAAGUUACUAUCGUCACAGCUCAGUUUGGGGUUGAGCUAAAAAAAGAAGCAAGCACAAUUCAGGUGAAAACUUCCAAAAAUACUCCAGCCCACUCAAAACCAUGCCAGCAGAAUUUAAACAAUCUGUUGGUGUCAAUUCUAGGGUUUCGGUGUCUGUCGUUCAUCUUUCCCGAUAAUUUUAUUAGUUCCAACAAACUAUCCCUGUUUGUAUAAUAAGGACAUUUUGUAUAUAUACCAUAUGUUGUAUUUAGAAGUUUAAUUUAGGUUUAAUUAUACGAUUCAAAGUAUGUGAUGAAGUAAUUACAAGUCUGAGGGAGGAUUUUUAUUUCUUUCACUCUUAGGCCUGGUAAAGGCAGAAUGAUUUUUACUAUUCUAACUUUUUAAACUGUGGAUGAAGUACUGCUUAAGGGAGGUGGCAUGGCAGAGCAGCUAGGGUGCUAGAAUUGCGGUCCAAGGGCCCAAGGUCUUUCCCUGCCCUGGCCACCAACUGCUUAUGUUCUUGGUUGUCCUGAUUCAACUCCUAAGCCAUGCUUGUAAAUAGUCAUCUGGUUUAUCUCCAGCCAGUUGGGAUUCUCCCAAGAUUAGCUUGAAAAACGUCUUUUGGUCCACUUGAAUCUAUUAGGUGUUUUCAAUUUGUCAUACAGUACUUCUGUAAAUUUGAACUGUACUCUCCUGAGCAGAAUUGCAAAAUCCACUAACCCAUGGUUAUCAGACAAGACUUGCAUUGCAUGCUGAUUCUUAACCUUAUUACAUAUAUAUAUAUUCUUUUUCCAUUCCUAACAGUUAGGUUUGGCUGAUAUUAUCAGGAAUUUGAAAAAAUCUGAGUUUGAGAAAUCAGGAGGCUAGUGUAUUAAGGCUAUGUUCAACUAUUUAUUUUGUUUGGAAUCAAUCUGUUUAAACAUGCAUUGGUACAAUAAUUAAAAGUGAUUUCAUUUAUAAAAUCUUUUUUUUUGUUGUAACAUCAACUCCUUUAAAUGUUCACAUAUAAUUAUAACAGGAAAGCAACCUUUAUAAUUUAUCAAGGAAUUUCUCUGGGAAAUUUAAAGUUGAAAAAUAAGGAGGCUUGAUUUUCUUAGAUUGAAAUGGACCAAAAAAAUUGUGUAGGGCACAUUUCUUAGGAAAAAUGCUUUUGCGGGCUGCCUUCAUUUGAAGGGUCUUCCACUGGAAAAAUAAAAUAAUUCAGUGUAGUAGCUGAGAAUGGCAUUUCAGUGCAUUUUGAGCCACGAAUCAGGGAAAAGAAUUUUAGCCAUGAGGAUGGUUCUGUACUGUGCCUUAUUGACCUACAUUUGCUUUGUUUUAUAUCAAAUUUGUUUUUACAAACUAAGUGUUAAGAAGCAAAUACCAAGGAUAUAUCUGUCUCUUAAAUUUUUUCUUUGAGUAGCUGAUGCUUCCUUGAUGUCUAGGCGGCAAUUAUUGUAGCUGGUUGCAGGUGCUGUUGGAGAACUCCGAAUUUAUUGUUAGAAGUACUCUUUUUAAUCCUUUAAAAGGGAUUGAUUGUUGUGUUAAGAUGAUGAUGUAUACUUUCCCCUUUUCAUGACAUUGGCAACUUGCUUUUUUGUGUUGCACAAGGUUUUCUAUCAGAUACUGAUCAUAAUUCGUCUGUUCCAGAAUUUUAGUCUUAUAGUCUUAAUCCUUAAAAGAAACAAUUCCUCAUUGUUGUGUUGGUUAAAUAUGUGCUUCCCUUUGGUGACCUUGUAGAUUGUUGACAAUCAGCAUUCCAUUAUCACCUAAAGACCGGUUUGUUUUGUGGUGAUCCCCAAAGGACCUAGCUUCAAGGAGCUAUGUCCCACGAGGUGCUAUCUUUUUAAAAAGCCAAAACUUUUUUUGCAUCAAUUGCAUACCAAAAACAAUGGUCCAGUUUUGUUUUGAAACUGUUUCUUGUUGUCUGUUGCAACGGAUGGCAAGGAUGGAUGUGGAUCAACACUUGAAAAAGUUGGGCCAACUUUUUGAAGUUUUACUGCUGUCGCUGCAAAAAUUACCAAAAAAGCAUUAUGAUUAGUGCUCCGUGGUAGAAUUAUUUCAUAUCUUCUUGAUAUCUUUAUAGGAGCAUUUUGUGUAUGGCCAAAAGCCCUAAGUUUAAUGACUUCAGUACAGAAUUCACCUAAAACAGCAUUAUCCUGCUCCUCACAAUAUAGCCCUUAAAAAUGAGGUUAGCACAGCGAUAAUUAAUGGUGCCAAUCUUAGAGAAAUGCAAGUCCAAGGAAAAAUAAUGGCAUUCUUUCAAUGCCUCUCCAUUACCACAGAGUUUAGGGUUUAACCAAGCAUUGUAAUUUUUGAGCUUGUCACUCAAUUUAGACUGUCUCUUAUCACUUGAAUCUAGAUCAGAUUUCAGGUUACUUCCUUUAUAAUGGGGUGAGAAAUUCAGGCCAAUAUCUAUGCAUGUGGCUGUUCACGGUUGUACAUUUCAGUUGUGGAUUUCAGCAGAUGGUCGUGUUGUGGCAGGUGUAUAGUGGUGACUCCCUUGUGCGAUUCUUUUCCUAGAAAGAAGUCAGGCUUGGCCUAGUUGCUGACAUUUAUCCAGCUAGUGUGACUAGCGGUCAUUCAAGCUACUUGACGUUUUUGCUCUUUUAAGUUAGUCCUAGACACAUGAUCAUGUCGUGAUUUCUGUUUCGGAAGUGCGAAAUGAAGCAAAAGGUAUGUCGCAACCUUAAAGCUUAGGCCAUUAUUUUACAAUCUCCAUUGGAUAGCAAUCUAAUGUACUUGUAAAUCGUGAUAAAGCUUUUCACAAUGAGAACUUAGGCUUGAAGUUUUUUGUUAGAAUGUUUAUAUGUGGACUAAACCUUACGAGUGAGAUCAAGUACAGCGUGAUUACCGAUAAUUAUAUGCUCUGCACCUCCAUUCAGUUGGUCUUGUGUAAUUUAUUUCUUUGACAGUCUCAUAUAUUUAGACUGGCUGGAACUACUGAGGAAAUAUAACAUUGAUCAUUCAAAUAUUUAGAACACUUUGACCAUCUCACCAUUUAUUUCUCAUGAUCGGAUGUUACUCUUUGAGGACGUGAUAAUCAGUUUUCUGCAUUGAUUAGUUGGUAACAAUUAUUUGUCCCAGUUAAUUAAGAAAUACUUUUCAGAGUGACCUUAUCUGACUCAUUGCUAAUUAAAAUAACAUUGAGUUUGUUAUCAAGUAAGUGAUGGUGAACAAUAAAAAUUAUUGCUGAGGUAAAUUCUUGCAUGUUUCAUUAGAAAUAAAAAUGAUGCAUUUUUAUGUGGGUUGUUAAAAUGUAAAAAAAUGAUGUGAAGUUGAGCUAGCAUGCAUGUAAAAGUCAUCUAAUACUUGCUGCCAUGGUAGCAUUAUGUGAAAAUUUGUGUUACUUAAUGAAGCUGUUUGCAUGGUGAUAAAAGAAAUGUCAGGUACAUGUAGGUUAAAACUUGACAAUUUUUUCUUCAUUCUGUUUGGGUGAUAUAAUUACGAGAUUGAAUGUAAUUUCUUUGUGCACGUGAAGGAUGAAAACUUAUUUUUUGCACAAAAUCCCUGCCCUUAGGAAAACAUAUUUGUCUUGUGGGAGAUUGUAGGCUGUGUAUUAAUUAUUACCCAGUUUGGGGUCAGUCACGUACAAAAUCUUGACACUUCCACACAACUUUAUUUUAGGGCUAGGGUUGGGGACUGCUUGUCAACUAAUCUAUUCAAUAAGUUAUUCAUUCAGAAUGUCUUUAAAUUUAGUCUUUUCUACAGUGUGGAUAUUGAAGCCCCAAAAUAAUAAUCAAGAGUUCAAAGACUGAGAGAAGUGAAAAAUGGCUAUCUGUUGUUAACUCAUAAUCAGCUCAUUUCCUGUCAUCAGUGGUUGCUAGUGAUAAAUGACUGCCAUAGUUCAACAGAGUUGAAGAUUGAAAAAAGUUGCUACUAUUCUAACAUGCACAUUUUGUGUUUUGUUUCUUGUUAACACGUUUGUGUCCUAUUCCAUUGUGAUAAAAAAUGAGAGACUGCCCCUGCCCAUGGCAUAUUUUGUCGUGGAAGUAUUAUUAAUACUUGUAAUCCUUAUUAGUGCCAGAGAUAAAAUUCCAGCACAUAUGAUUACUACAGAGAUACAUGACUUUGGUCAUGAACAAUGAGUUGAUGUUUGGAAAUUCUUAGACAGAUCAAUCUUUGGUAAUGCGUCAAGGUUCUCAUUGUUGUUCAAGUAUCAUGCUCUCUCUGCCGCAGACACGUCUUUUGCUUGAAUUUAAUUUUUCUAAAUUAUCUGUAUGAAAAGUGUCUGUGAUAUCAUUGUAAAUCUCUUUCUCAAUAACAUUGCAGUUAUCAAUUAAUUAAACAAAACAAAACAAAAUCUGUGCAGAACUUCCUUAGCGGAAAAAGUGCAUGUAUUAUAAAUGAGAUUACCACUGUGUUUGAGAAACUUAGCUAAUUUGAUUUUGUAGUUAAGUUAAUUAAAGUAAAACUGUCCUGCUAGGAUGUUUUUGCCCCACGGUAGUUAAAUGCAUAUCAGUUUUCCUGCUUCCUGUUGAGAAAGCAUAAAUCUUUGUUUUCAUCUUUGAAGAGCUUGUGAAUUGAUGUAAAGCAAAAAUAAAAGGCUGAGAUCAUGUUGAAAAACUCCUAAUGAAUAGCAUUUUACUGUACUUGCCAUGGUUCAAUUUUAUCCUAAUGGUUCAAAUUUGAUACACCUAUUUUUUAUAUUCAUUAUUAUGCUUAAAACAUGCAAAAAGAAAAGGAACAUAAAAUUCAAACCAAGGAUAACAGUGAACUAUAAUAAUUCACACUGGGCUUAAAGUGUUUGUAUCAUUUAUUAAUUUUGUUUUAUCCACAACCGAUUUUCAAUGUAUUGAAAAAGACCUAGAUCAAAGAUUGCACAUGUAAACAGGUUUUUUUAAAAUGCAAUUUAAAUUUGUAUAUGUUAGUCCAUGGUUUGAGUUGUGGUAAGAAUAGCAGUGUCCAUCUACUGCCCUCCUGGAAAGAAAGAAUUUUGAAAAUGUAAAACAUGCUGUUCUGGAAGGUCAAGGAAGGCAAAGGAAAGCCACAUGCAGCACUUAAAAACUCAAAUAAAUCUGACAAGAUCAGAUCCUCUACCAAAUCUCCUCUAUAAUUUUGCUGUCAUACUAUUACAAAGGCAUUUGUACCUGCAUGUAUAUUGUGGUCCAUCUGAUCAAAAAAGCAAGGAAUGAGAGAAGAAAUGUUCAAGUUUUUUUCCUGCAAGUGAAAACUUUGUAAGAAAGAACAUGUCCAGAAGUUACAUGUAGUCUUAAAAUGGUAAGAGCUAAUCUCAAGCAUUUCUUGUUUAUAAGAGGAAUGAUGGCAUUAGGGAUUGACAGAGAAAAAUUGUCUUUUCUAUUUUCACUUGAACAAUAACUCAGAUGGAUGAUAAUUUUUUUCCUUUUUACAAAGUUAUGAUAAUUUACAGCUAGCACACAAAAUUUAUGGGGAUGUGUAGCUUGAAUGAAGGGCUUGGGUAUUAAUGCCUUCCGCUAAUGGACUGACUCUUGUUUAAACCUCUCUACAAUGGCUGCAGCUUUCUUCUGUCGCCAAGGUGGCCAUGGUGGUGAGGUUCAACAGUAUUUAGUUUCAGAAAGUUUGAAUACAUUGUUUUACGUUUAUUAGGUUUGUCACCAUGAAGAUUGUCAGGAGAUAAAUAAUGGAAAUCCCCUUCUUCUUUGCCUGAAGUGUGACGAAGUUCACCACCUUGGUGCGGCAUCAAAUCAUGCAAGGUUCGAUGUACCGGGUAAGUUGGCGCUUGAUUCAGGAUUUCUAACUUUAUGUACUAGUACUUUUUCACAGAAGUUGUUGUUCUCAAAUUGCAUUUGUUUGCAUAAUCCACAAUGUGAUUAAUGUAAUUGUAAAAUAAAAUUCAGGUUAAAAUGGUUUCAACCUAGUUUCUCAUCUUUCCUUUGUGUCCUAGCCCAAUCAUGAGUUAUAAAUAAUGGAAAGUGACAAUCAAACUUUAACUUGAAUUUCAUUUGAGACCAGUUGGUGACCCUAUUUUAUUUUCAAGGCAGACCAUCUCUCGGUAUUCCCAUCAUAAGAUCUCACAUGUUUGAUUAAAAUCUGUCUAUGUUUUAUUUAGAGAGGCCAAGUACUAAUUUAUUCAGGAUGCCAUCAGCUGGCUCAGAUUCUGGGAAUGAAGAUGAUUUGGAAUCUGAGCCUAACAAUAAAGGGUGAGUUUCAUUCACUUGUUUUAUUUUAAGACAUUUAGAUUUACAGAACAGGGAAAUACAAUGUUGAUUAGAACAGAGUCAGGCGUCAUGUUAAUUGUAUGCUUGGCAGUAAUUGCAUGUAGAUUGAAGACUUGCCGCUUAAGUUGUUGUAGCACUUUAUAAGUAGGUUGAGUAUGAUCCUCCUGGUGGGCAUAGUCCUGAAUUUAGGACUAUAGGUUUACCCGGACGAUGGGUUCAAACCUUUCACUGUAGCUCUUUAGUUGCAUAAAAUGGAUAACAAAAGUUAAAGGGUUCCUUUGCAACCAGAGAUCAAAACAACAGCUGUUCAACGGACAAUGUCCAGCCAGAAUGGCAUUUUGACUGGCCAAAGGCUCCACCCGCCAGUCAUGUUGACCAGUCUGUCCUGAACAAACAGCCAAAUCCUCACCUGUAAAUGUUAGAUUUUGUUUCUUUGCAAAAAUACAAUCCCAGUCACUAAUAGAAGACAACAUGAGGAUCAGUUCAUUUUUCCUGCAACUUUUUGACUGGUCAGAAAACAAGACAUAUACCAAGCAAAAAUUUCUUUGGCUGGUUAUUGUGUCCAGCCACCAUCAAAAAAUUAUUUUGAGCCCUGGCAGCCCAAGGUGAAAGGUGUAUGUUCUUACACAAGACACUAGAGAACACCUUAACAUUAACUUCACAUAACUAAUUUGCUUGGAAUGAGAUUAAGCUGAGAGUGUUUUUUUUUCUAGGAAACAUGUACAAGGUGAUUUGGAGCCAUUGCUAGUGAACUUUUCUGCACGGGGCUGGAUUCACAAAGACCUUGUAGGAUAGGAAAUAUCCUAAAUAUAGUUCCUUAACAAAAGCCUGUUUUGUUUGACAAUAGUUGAGAUAUGUACUUGUGUUAACUUAGGAAGCCUUCAUUAAUCCAGCCCCUGAUAAAACUAAUUGAAACUGUGUAAACUUUCAUACAUCCCUGUCACUACAUUAAUUAUUUGUGUUCUUCAUUUGUUUGUUUUUGUUUUAACAGUGACAAGAAACAUCGUGGCUAUUCCACUGGGAAGCGCAUGUUUAAGUUAAACACUGCAGCCAAGAAAAAACCAAGGAGACAUAACACAGAUGUGAGUUUGUCAAACAGUCUUAACCCUUUAAGUCCCAAUAUCAACUCACAAAUUGGCCGGACUGAUCUCCAAACAUUAUUUGAAGGUUCUCAAUAACAGCCGGCAACCAGCAAAAUUUGCCUGCUAUUUCACGUGAACUCGCCACCUACUUUUCUUUGGAAAAUCCCCUCCAAAAUGCCAAAAUUUAAUGAUGCUUGUGUUCUGUUCAAACACUCUACUUUUCGCUCCAGAAUGCUGGAAAAGGAACUCUAAGAGGCCGAGAUUUCAAAAGUAACUUGUACUUUUGGUGCUUGCAAGUUGUGCAUGUGGCGUGCGUUUUUCCUUUUCUGCCCACUCCAAAGCUUUUGCCUCCUACUUAAAACCUUGCUGAAAAACCCUGUCCUUAAUUAUCAGUCGAUGAGAAUUUGAUAGAAGAUUAAAGGAUUUUUCAUUGUGACCAUUUGAUAAAUUCCCAUAACUUUUUCUCUAGAUAAUGAAUAAGUGUUUUUAGGAGAAAAUUGAUGUUGGUCACUCUGGAGAUUAAGAAAAAGGGUUAACUUGAUUAUUUGAAAAAUAUUGUAAGAGAAAUGCUUUACAAUAACAUUAAAAACAUUGCUUUACAUGCUUGCUUUUGAAUGAUGUACAGUGAAAAGUUUGUACAGUGAAGAGUUGGGUCUGUUAAUGUAGUUGGAACAAUGUACUUGUAUAAUGUGGUUAAUUCUUGGCAUAAUACCUCUUUGGGUUUUAAUUUUGUUGUUGCUCAGUUGAAGCGUAAUUGCAAGAUCAAAACAGAUGCUUGCAGCUUGUCUUAUAUUAUUCUUCAUUUCCAUUUUCUUAGGAUCCUGGUCGGGAUUUUUUUAGUAUUAAAUUUUUUGAUCACAAGUCUGGAGAAUUCCAUAUCAACUUGGUCCCUGCACUCAGUGGAAAAUCGUUAAGGUAUGUAAGUCUUUGAGGAGUAUUGUAACCUUUUUAGGACAUUGAAUGUAACCCACUUUAACUGUAGGAGUUACUGUAUGGUGUUUUAUACAAAUUGUAUAAUGUGUAAGAGGCAGUGCUACGUUUCUGAAGCUAUGUGUUGUAAGUGCAUGUCUUAUUUUUGGAAAUUAUUUUUUCAACUUAAGCUUAAAUUGACUGUGAGUUUAUUGUAAGAGUAAAGAUUGAAAGACAGUGUCAAAGCAUAGACUUUCAGUGUUGUUGAUGAUAUAUAAUGCUGUACAGAUCUGGUUGCAAUGAACGUCAGUUUUAAAGCUUGCCCUUGGGCAAGCUGUUUUAACCAAACCCACAUGAAUUCAUUAGGAAUUUAAACAAAUUUGUCUGUUUUUAUUACAGUACUUCUAUAAUAUAAAUUCCUCCUAAGAACUUACAUGCCUGUUGGGCAAGCUAAAAACAGAAUUCACUAGUCUGAUCGCCACUAGCUGUGGGCUAAUGAACACAACUUUCUUUGCAUGCUGCAAAUGUAGGUUGCCUUCCUGGCCAAUAUUUCAGUCAUAUUUUUCUCUUUUAUCACAGGGAUUCUAUUGAGCCACUUUUUGAGUCACAGAACUUUUCGUUUACAACUCACUCAGUAUUUCUGGAUUCCUCAAACACUCCUCUGCCACUUGCCUUCGAUACCUUCCCACUGGGUGGAAAUGUUCUUCAUGUGAGAGGUAUGACCAACGUUUUAUUUCUCCCUAUACUAACAUUGCACAAUCAAACUUAAAGGUUGUGAGGAAAAAGGAAAUGUGUUCUUGAUUUUAAACAUAUUCUAAUCAUCAGACCAUGAUGAUUAUUGCAGUGUAUAAUAUUAUUAUACACUUACAGAGAGUGCCAAGUUCUGAUGAACAUCAGGACGUGAAAACAAAACUAACCGGUUUACCAUGGGGUGUCACAUUAAGUCUUUUGUUAUUGCUAGACUUUCACUUCAACGGCAACAGAGAAUUAAAAAACAAAUCAAAACAUUGUCGGUCCUUUAAAGCUUUACAAGAACACAAAUUUUAUUGUUUAAACUGCUAAAUGAACAAUUCACAAAAUACAUGUACUUUCCUUGCAUCAUCUGCACCUUUUUCUUCCUUUGGCUGCAAUAUUUCUUUUUGGAUAACUUCGAAAAUCAUCGCUCUUUAGCUUAAGGCUCCAUGUUUGCAUUGUCGUGUUCAUGGCAGUAUUUUUCCCGCCUUCUGUCACACCACCUUUCACUAUGCUUUGAGCAUGUGAUGUUGUAACCUGAGUGGGGUACAAUGGCUUUUAUUGUAUCAUUGUACAAUCGAGAUAAAUUUGAAUUUAGUCAAGGCCAGUACAUGACCAAAAAUCAAUCAGCAGCAAUCCCUGUGUAUUUGCACAAAAGUCUAGGAAAAUAACAGCAGGGUAUCUUAAGAGAGAAGUAUGAAGGCCAUGCAUGCUUAACCAAGUAGUACACUUUUCUUUUCUUUAGCUAAUGCAGACAUGAAGGUGGAUCAGAGAAUUAUAGACAUGGUUAGUGUGGAAGAGGGGAUGACGAGACCAAAGAGUUCCUCUUUCUUGCAUCGGUCUGGUUCAUUUACCACAAAGGGUAGCAAGGACAAGGGAGGCACUGUGAAAAAGGCAGAGAAUGAGGACAAAGACAGUGGCAAAGAGGACAAGUUACUUCAACAAUUUAAUAAAACUGUAAGUAACAUAGUAACAGUCACUGGUUUAAACCCAAAAUCCUGUCAUAAGUACAUGUAGAUGGACUUUGACUUUCCAGGUGAUUGUGGCCCAGGCCUAAGUUGUUCAAAGCGCUGAAUAACAUUUUUAUUUUAUUCACUGGAUAAAUAACUCGCCAGCAGAUUAUUAUUAGGGACUGAAUAGAGAUUUAUCCAGUGGAUAGCGCCACCUUUUGAACAUGGGCCCUGAAUAGGAUUGUUACUGGCAGUGACUCCAUCACAUUUUGACUAGCCUGCGCCAUGGCUGAAACUAAACCUCUGGUUGGGUCUGUCUGCAAGCUAGCACUGAAAUUCUUGUUUGAGGCUCCCACUUGUGUACCAGGAUUUGAGUACCUGCUGUGAUUGGCAUGUUAAAGAAAGCCAUUGUCGAUUUGCCAAUCAGGUUGCAGGGAAAUUGGGCAUAUUAUUGUUUAAAAAAAGACAAUGUUCCCAUGCCAUGCCAGGGUUUAUUCCUUCAAACUGUAUGGCUUUUUGUCAAAAACCUUAAUUCCUUGCAUAUUUUGUUCUUUUACUUGUGGUAAAAUUAGACUCAGCGAGGCAAGAAAAGCAUGGAAGCUCUAUUUGGUAAAGAGUUUGGUGGCAUGCAACCACAACCAUCAAGUCCAGUUCUACACGGUGGCAUGUACACAGGAGGAAGUGGGUCUAUGCCGAGACCAAAGUCAGCAGGUCGGCUUCAAGGGUUAUUCAACCAACCCAAAUCAAUGAAGGUAUCCCAUACAUUUAAACUACAUGUGUUAUUAUAUCAGUUAAUUUCUUUCAAAUCCAAAGUCCAAACCACAAGUCAGUCAGUAUAUGUCCCUCCAUGACAAUAGCAUUUUUAACAUAUUUAUAUUACUUGUGAUCAUUAUUUUUAAGGGAACACUUAAAGAUGCCUUAGAUCGAUACUCCUUGUAUGGUUUGGAAGAAAAUUCAAGCUAUGAUUGUAACUUCAAAAGUGAGAUUGAAGACAUAAUUAAGCUGGUAAGUAUUUUGUUUUCUGUGAGCAUCCUUUGAAAGCUAGUUACGGGAGAUAACUUCAAAGCAAUUUUUUUCAUCCUUCUUCUUUUCUUCCAUCAGAUGGCCCUAAAAAGCCCCUUGAAAAUUCUUUUUAGAAGAAUAGAUGCUGCGGAGAAGUUUUUCUUCAGGAAAUAAUAAAUUGUAUACUAAAAUUGUUUUUUUAGCACUCAAAAUAUUUUUUAGUUCUGGGUUCUGAAAUUUCCAUUUGUUUACCCUGGAAAACUCCUGGAAUUUUAUUUCUUUUUUUCUUAAUGAUAUCAAACCCUGACAGCAUUAAUAUCUUUGUUAAAUGCAGUUUAAUUAAUUGAAUUGUGUUAUUGUGGUAAAGUUAGAGUUACAAUAAUUACUGGUAUAUUUGCCAUAGGUACACAUGUAAUAGCUGGUUACUCUCUUAUGUCAGCCUGCCGUAGUGAUUGGUUCACUGGCCUGUGUGACUGUUAAACCAUCACUAUUUUUUUUUCCCAGCAGACUCAAAAAUAUUGUUAAACAGUGCAAAGCUAAAUUAAUGCAUCUUUCUACCCCAAUGCUCUCACUUAAGAGUUCAUAUGCACACUAGAGAAUUAAGAAAUAUGCCUGUCGCUGUUUUUCAUUACUUACAGGAGACAUCAUGGACAGAAGUUGUCAAUGAAGCUCAUAUUAAGGUAAAAUGAAAAAAUGAGGAUUUUCAACAACUUGAAAUAUUUGGUUAGAAGCAGGAGUAUGUGUGUGUUGAAAUAAUUUUAGGUAAGAUUACUGGCACAUGUACUAUGACUUUUUCUUAUUACUCCAUAUUUAUUUUCUCUGUUCAUCAGGCAAUGAGUAAAAAACAGAAAGACCAGCAAGAAGCCAUCUGGGAAUUGUUGUCAACAGAGGCAGCGUACAUUGCUAAACUGCAUGUUAUCAAAAAGGUAUGGUUUAGUGUUUGUGGAGUGUGCAUUCCUUUCUAUUUUAUUUAAAUAUAUUCUUGUGUUGCUCUUCUAGUCCUCUUCACAGCUAAGAAAGGUGAAUAUAAUAUUAACAGAAAGAUAGAAGCUGUCAGUGUCUCCUCAAUAACAAGCACUUGAGACGAACCAUACGAUAUCACGAUGAUCACUAGCCUUCAAAACCUUUUCAAUAUGAUACACAGUUUAAAUCGAGGUUUCACUGUACGCAACCCUUAAGUUCAAAAUAUGCCAUAAUCAUAGUUAUCUAUCGCAAGAACCAUCCACCCUUUCUCCAUCCACCCUUUCUCUACUGCUACCUGUACGCCUAGCAAACAUAUGAAACGCCCUCUCCUAACCUCCGAUUACUCCUAGUAUUGUAUCAUAAUUUGUUAUUUCUGGAGGUAAAUUUGUAUGUACCAAUUUUUUUUUUUGUUGACAGCUUUUUGUGCAGUGCCUCCGAAAUUUGCAGAGUGAGGGAUUUUUAACUGAGGUAUGACCAUUUUUCAAUUUUUUUCAUGACUUCUAAUAUGAAAAAGUGAUGUUGGUGAGUGUUUUUUUCGCUUUCGCUAAGUGCCAACGAAAGAAAAAGAAUUUGCCUACAUCACCGGUUUUAGUUCCAAUGUUUAUAAAACCAUUUUAGUUGCUGAGCCGAGAAUUUCCACUACAGGCACUCCUCGUUCCUACAUUUCUGCCAUGCUCUUGGCCUUAAAAUCGCUCUUAUUCUUCUGCUUAGACAUUUUUUAACCUUAAACUUGUCGAGUUUCAAACAGCGAAAGGGAAAUAACAUUUAUAGGUUAGCGCGAACUUGAAAUAGUGACUUGUAGCUUGUACAAGUAUAGUAGUGUGGCAGAGAACAUUGUCCGAACUUUGGAGCUUCGUUUGUUUACAACAAUAUUAUCAAGAGUCACGUGAAACUACAUGUGAAAUCUAAUGCCACUAAAAUUCCCAGGGAAUCUACACCUUACAUUACACUUUUCACAGCACAAUCAAGAAUUUUUCUGCCUGCUGCAAUACUUCGGGUGGCAAUAAGCUGGCCUUCUCGCAUGCCGACCGUCUUUGUUCGGCUUGCUCGUUGGCAAUAAACAUUAGUAUCAGAAAUCAACUGCCUGCAUAACAAUAAUAAUAUUGUUAUACAGACUGUUGAUUUCUGAUACUUAAAAGUGGGGUACUCCUCGUUGUAAUUUUUACACUAUGAUCCACUUUUUUGUUCAGAUUGAAGGCUCCAAGCUUUUUAGUAACGUGGAGGACAUUUAUACGGUUAAUUUAGCAUUUUGGAUGGCUAAUCUCAGCGGAAUAGUGGAAAAUGUAAGUAACCUCUACUUUUUAUCCUUGGUAAAUCUUGCAACAGAAAACUGAUGAAAACAUGACCUCAAAGUAUAUGGUUCUUACAAAUUAACCUGGGUAGCUGGCAGUAUAGUUAUGCGCAUGGUACUUUCUUGGCAUCAAAUCUGCAAGGGAAAGCUUCCUCCCAAUCUUCAUGCUACUCCACCACCAAAAAUCAACAGCUUUCUCCUGCUUAUCGUGCCAGCUACACAGGCUAUAUGUGACUUACAAAGCAUGUAGAGAUGUACAUUUCAGUAGCUGAAAUAUAUAUGUACUUCACAUAUCCUUUAACUUGGUAGACAAAAAUACGGAAGACGGGGUUUUGGUGUCAUAUUGAUAUUCUUUUUGUGCCAAAAAAAAAAAAAACAAAUAAGAAAAGAACAAGAGCCAAAAGAGUGCUUAUUGAUGUAAGUGAAGGCCACAUGUAAAAGAUAGGAUUUUCUGCUUCCUUAGUAAUAAUAAUAAUAAUAAUAAUAAUAAUAAUAAUAAUAAUAAUAGUAAUAAUAAUGUACCACUUGUAAUAUUUUUUUGUACAGGCGCGGCAAACCAAGGAUCCUCUCAAUCCACUAGAUAUGGAACAAGGUUUUAACAUGGUUAGCAUUAAUGUUAGAUGUAUUGCUCUAUUAGUGGGCUGUGCUCCUGCAUUUUGUUCAUAUUGAGUAAGUAGUUAAGAAAUGGUCUGGCCACUUCAAAGUGCUACUAAUUUUCCUGCACAGCAAACUAACACCAUGGCCUGUUGAAGGUCAGCAGCACUGAAGCAGUCAAAAUGUUACAACACUUAACAUAGUGAGAUGAAACCAUUUUACACUUAAUGGCGCAUGUUGAAUAUGAUUUGUCAUUCUACUGUUGCAAACUUUUGAUUGGGACAUUUGGAGCUGGAUGUGUCACUCAAAACCUGCGCUUACAGUAAAGGUCAAAAGAAUGUGGGACACUGUGGAAAAACCCUUCAAAGUAAUGGUUACCUAGGUGACAAAUUUUUGAUUGGCUUUGGGCUCAACCCUCCAUCCUCCCACUACCCGAGCAAUUUUGCCCCCCUCCCCCCUAAAAAAAGACUCAUUUCUACCAAUUUUGCUCAAAAUUUAACACUGCUUGGGGUGGGGGGAGGGAAGGUAUGGUGGUAAGACUUUUGACCUCCAUUGAAACUAGUUUGGACUGUCUCUGAUGCAGGCCACCUUUAAGUGCCCUUUGUUAUUAAGACGGAAAAUUAAAUUUUACCUCUGGAUGUUGUUUGUAGUUUGAGUCGCACUUUGACCCUUACAUCCAGUACUGCAUGGAGGAAGCCAACUGUUUGAAGUACUUCAAGGAAAAACUUCUGGAAAAUGAAGAAUUUAGAACGUACAUCUCAGUAAGUAGCUAUCAUGGUAUUUUUCAUUUUCAUUUCAUUUUUUCUUUUUUCAUUUUUUCUUAAUCUUCUAAGCCCCAUGGUUAGUGAUGUACGUCGUGAAUAACUAUUUGAAUUGGGGUCGGGGGACAUUUAUUUGGCUAUUAUUGUACUUUUCCUUUUUUCCAUUAGUAGUUUAAUUUUUUGAUGAGUCAAGUGUUUAUUUUCCUGCUUUGAAGACACUUUGGCGCAACUUGUGACAAAUUAAUAGCAGUAAAAUUUAAACUGCUAUGAAUAAAGUGAGUUUUUAAAUUAGUUGGUGUAUGCAGCAAUAAUAAGCAGAUGGAGAACUAAAAAGCUAGAAGGUUCUUUGGGUUAUACUUUCCUGUUUUUCUUAUUACAGUAGUUGGGGGUCAUGCUGUUAAUAGCUAGAGGAAAUCCCCGGCCCUUGUCCUUGAAUGAAUGUAUGCAUUUAUAAAUAAAUGUAGAACAAAAAAGUUCAACACUCUCCCAGCUAAUAAAUUUUCACUUUCCUGCUGUUCGGCCCACAUAUACUUUAACUUUGUUACAAUCUUAUUUUUUAGUGGUGUGAAGAUCACUCAUAUUGCACCGACCGGCUCAAGUUAAACGAUUUCCUGGUGAAGCCCAUGCAGAGAGUUACAAAAUAUCCUCUGCUUGUGAGAGCGAUUUACAACAAAACUCUUGACAUUGAGGUGAAGGAACAUCUAACUAAAAUGGUGAGUUAACUGAUCACACACUAGGAAGAGUGUUACAAAGAGGUGGAGCUAACCUUUUUUGGACUCUAAAGUGUUUGGAUUCUAGGUGUGACAUUCUUUGAGAUGUAUACCCUAGAAAUUCACAUGUUUUAUGGUAAAACACAGAAAAACGUAAAAACAAAUGUUUCUGGAAUGCUGUUGCAAUGUUGCAAGGAAAAAGUCAAUCAGGCUAAAUUGUAAAUGUGGCUAAUUAGUCAAACACAAACAAGUGCUGCCCAGCAAUUAACCUCCCCCCCCCCCCCCAAGGAUUGGUAUGUGGGGUGGCCAGGGGUUGCAAGGGCUAACGUGUUUACAGCUCUCCUUUAGAUGUCAAGUCACUCUGCGUUUGUUCUCGCUACUGAGCAGUUCUUACUGAUUUUUCCGUUUCUCCCACACUCAUCUAUUGUUGAUAGGUUUAAUAAUUACUGGUUUUUGAUUGUUUGGUUUGAUUAUGUGUACUGUCUCUUAUUGUGAUUGGUCACUAGACAACAAAUAUUCUUGAAGUAUUUCAGGUGUUCAUAGUUUUCUGCGCUAGUAACUGUUCACUCUUACUAUUGACCAAAGAAAAAGAAAAUUGCCAGAGAGGUGAAAUUUCUUUUUGUCAAAUCUUAUAAAGAAUCAGAGAGGUUUCAUUUGAAUGGUAACACCAUAGAAUUUCGUCCAUAGAUUUAAAGUCAGAAUGACAAAUUAUCUCUCUGAAAAGUGGUCUAGGAUUGAAGGACUCAACUCCACUGCCAAUGUAUUUUGCCAACCAUUUCCUUUGCUACCUCAACCUCAAGCCCCCCGCCACUUCUGCCUCUUAUGUCAGUCGGCACCCGAAACCAUUUUCUUGGUAUGACUCCUCAUUAUAACCGUAAGUUAUCCUGAAUCUUUUUUUAGCGUGACCGGGUUGAAUCAUUUGUCAGUAAAGUGAAUGGGGCCAUGAGAGUACGACACGAGUUGGAAAAACUCAAGGCAACAGCAGAAAGAAUUCAAAAUAAUUACAAUGUGGUUGAGGCUGUCAAUGAAGAGAUGGAUAAGGUAUUGAUCAGUCUUGUCUAUCUUAUUCUUGCUAAUUCUUGUUAUUUAAUGUAAUGAAAGGAAUUUCCUUUAAACCAUGGUAAUUAAAUUCCAUCAUGUUUGCUAGAGAACCUUUUUUUGUGCAGCUUAAUUUCUGCCGCUUUGUUUCUUAAAAUCGCAAAAAUUAAGUUGCGCAAAAAUUAGUUUUAAUGAAACCCUAUUAUUGGUCAUUUCUAGGUUGAAUUUUUUUAAAGCAAUGAAAUUCGCUUCUUUUUUUCUUAAGAACUUUUUUUGUGCAUCUUAAUUUCUGCGGCUUUUUUUUUGAAGUCGCAAAAAUUUAGUUGCGCAAAAAUUACUUUCCAUAAAACCCUAAUAUUGGUCAUUUCGAGGUUAAAUUUUUUAUAGCAAUUAAAGUUGCGUCUCUUUUUCUAGAGAACUUUUUUUGGGCACCUUAAUUUCUGCGGCUCAUUUCGUUGAAAUCACAAAAAUUAUUUACAAUAAUAAAUUGAUUAAGCUAAUGAAGAAAUGGCACCAUAAUUUCGCGUGGUUUAUUUUCCAGAGAAUGCUUUUUCGUGCUCCUUUAUUUCUGCAGUUUUUUUGUUGAAAUCGCAAAAAUUGCAAGAAGUGAUUAAUUGCAUGAAUGUUGCAUGAAUGGAUGGUGUAAAUGUCUCCGAAGUUACAUAUGUUGCAAAAAAAUAUUUAUUGAUAUGGGACUAAUUUGUUUUUCUUAAAGAUUCUCCAAGAGUACAGUUCCUAUGACUUAAUGAGACCAAUGCCUGGCUUAAUAGAGGAUGAACACCGCUGUGUUAUCCAUGAGGGACCUCUCAGACUUUUAGAAAAACAGGGCAAGGUAUAAACUUUUUUCCUUCCGAGUGUAACCAGAAACGAUACGUCAGAAAAAAAGACUACUAUUUGAAAAUUAUCAAGAACAGGUGCUACUAUUUGAAAGUACUUCUGAAGAGGAUUCGUGUGAUUGGCAACACCAUAGGAUUUUAUUUCCGGACUCAAAAGUUAGGACUUCCUACCAUAUAGAUAGUAACGUGGAAUAACUCCUACAGAGGUUUUGAUUGAAUGGUCACAUCAUAGGAUUUCAUUGACAGACUCAAAAGUUGGAACUUUUUACUACAUAAGUAGUACUAUGUGAAAGUUCAGCUGAAGCAGUUUCAUUUGAAUGGUCAUAUCUUUGAAAUUCAUCCACGGAUUCAAAAGUUAUGAAUACCUUGUACAGCGUUAUUGUCACUACCACGGGGGAGUAUUGCGCAGUUGGUGUCACUUGAAUGGUGACACCGCAAACACUGUGGAAAGCUCUUUCUAAGAGAGACAAGGUGUUGAGAUAAGAAUUAAGUGACCUAGAUUUAAAGCAAUUUGUUGAGGAACGGCCAAAGAACGUCCUCUUUAAGAGAGACGUACAAUUCUUUUUAGAAUUCUAAUUCUUACUCAGGUUGAUUUCUGUGUCAUCAUUGAUUUCAGAUGGACGUGUAUGUCUUUCUCUUCACCGAUCUUCUUCUUAUCACUAAAGCAAAGAAAGGAGGUGACAGGUUUAAAGUUAUCAAACCGGUAAGUUUGAAUAUGUGGCAGAAUUAUCUAAUCCCUAGUUCUUGGCUUUGGACGUAUUAUCUGCAGCUUGAUCAAGCAAUGACUUCACGCAAUACAACUGCCUUAAAGUUAAUGACGGGGGAGGAGUAUGUAUUUUAUAGUUUUUGUGGACUGAUGAUCUCCUGGUGACUUGUACGUUUAUUAAUGCUGUUUAUGUUUUUGUAGCCUCUGCAAGUCGACAAGCUUUCUCUAAGUGCUUCAAAAGAUCAAGGUAUUUCAAUGUUUGAAUUUAUAGUUUUGACCGUUGAUUUGAUGAAACAUUUGAAAGCAUUUUGUCGCAUUGGCCGAAAUAGAAGUGGAGAUUUGCGAUCUCGUUUUCGACGAUUUUUCUCUUUUUUUUUUACGCAUGAAGGUUAUCAAGUUUCGAAAAUUUUUACCCUUUAAUGAAAUUUUUGAAAUUUUCAUGUCCUCUUUAUCCAAACGCAUUUUUUUUCGUUGUUGGGUUCUUUUUGUCUCACAGUACUCCUAGAUAUUGUUAGUCAGAGUAUGUUAAUGAAACAGGUACAAAGAAGCUGUUAGCAUCGCCACCACCCCCCCCCCGUCCCGCCCAUCCUCCAUGUAAGGGAAUCCAAGACAGUCUUGGAUUCUGGAUUCCAGGCUGUGGAUUUCGGAUUCAAAGUACUGGAUUCCGGAUUCUCUGUCAGUGGGAUUCCUGAUUCCUUGAGCUGUAUUCGGGAUUCCAAAGCCCACGAUUCUGGAUUCCUCAAGCAAAAAUUUCCUGGAUUCGGGAGUCAGGAAUUCCGUACAUGGGGCGAAAAAGCAGCUGUAACGAAAUUGGUCAACUGUACUUUCUUUUCUCCCAUUCAGGAACCUUCCUUCUUAUUUACGUGAACGAAUACAACAUUGCAGUGCAAGCAUUUGCCCUCCAAGGAACAGUGUCAGACCAAUCACAGUGGAUGGAAGCCAUCAAAAAGGCCCAGGUAUGAAGUACUCUAUCCCUUCAAGUCCCAAUAGUGACCAAAGUCAAUUUCCCCCUAACAAUAUCAAUACGUAAUCAAGAGAACAGGUUAUGAGUAUUUAUAAAAUGGUAACUAAGGGAAAAAUGCUUUGAUCGUGUAACAGAUUCUCUCAACUAAUCCUUUAGGGAAAUGUAUAGAGAUGAGUUUUGAGAAUUUGUAUCUACACCCUUUUAGGGAUGUAUCAUUAUGAAAAUGAUAUCCGAUUUACUGUUAGUAAGUAUGUUUGAGAGGUACCAUUUUUUAAUGGGGGGCACCUAUUCUGUCGAAAAUAGGAAUCAGUUUAGGUUUCUGGGAAACUGCCCACCUACCCCUCUCCUAAGUCAACAUUUUGCCCUAAGUGAGAAGUUAGUGUUAAUGUUGCAUUGGCUUAAGGGAGGGUGGGUGGGCAGUUUCUCACAAACCUAAAUUGAACCGAAAAAAGUAUAUGAAAGGCUAAGAGUGGGACCUUGUGGUGGAGCCUCCCACCCCCCGCCCCCUCCCCCGAAACUCCAUCAUUUACUCUGGGAGUGAAACUGUUAGGUAGUUUGCUUAAAAUACAGUACUAACCAUCUUUUCUUUUUGUUUCAGAAACUCUUCAUGGUUGCCAAACUCGGCCAGGGCUCUACCAACAUGCUGCAGAUGCAGACCAGUAGUGACAAUGAUCUUGUGAGUCCAUCUGGUCUGGUCACACCUGGACUCAAUUCUUCGCCCGCAUUUCCACAUGCCGAGCACCGUAGAUCGUCAGCAUCAUCGAUAAUGUCCCUCGAAUCCGACUCUGAUGAUGAGUCUAGUGUGGCUCUUCCUCCUCGCCUUCGCUCUGAUUCUGCGUUAACUUCGAUGACCACGAUUAGCAGUACGUCUUUUGCUAUGGACGUGAGAGGACAAGAUGGAGCUGGUGAGGAGAAAGAUGAACGUGUUGCACCGCAGCUAGAAACUGAACUCAUGGCGCCAGAGGAAGAACUGGCCGCUGAAGUUGGAGCUAUGGCGCUGCCAAGAUCAGAGUCGCUCAGCAAGAUCUCGCGAUCUUCAUCUGCACCGUCAAAGGAGAGACCACGAGUUGUUGAGUCUACUUCGCUGUCUCGCUCUUCAUCAGCACCUCAAGGGCCGACACCCGAACGGGUGUUGAGUUUAAGAGAAGGUAUAAUUGUUAAAAGAAGAGAGCUGGAAGAACACGAGGGAUCGGUGUCAUCAUCUUCUACUUCUUUAAAUGACUCUGCUGUUGAUUCGGACUUACCGUCUCCGUCUCCGUUCCAAUCAUCUUCCAUCGACUUCCCAUCUUUACCUCCGCCUGAACCUCAGGAAUUUGAAUUAACAGACGAACCUCAAUCUAACUCUGAACUUGAAUCUUCUGCCGAACAGGAUCUUCAUCAAUUUUCGUCAUCACCUGAUGAAACUAUUGUCUCUCCUACGCUUGAUAGCGAGGAACGAAUUUCUGAACCCGAUCACGAGCAAGAGCAAGGGGCUUCCUUUGAUACAUCUGAAGAUGAUUUAUCACUAACUGCUGACUCUGAAGGAAAUGCUUCCGUCUCACAGUCAGGAGAAACUUCAGGAUCUGAAGUUUUACAAAACCUGCCUGACUCCCUUGAAUCAUCCGUAAAACCGACUCCACAUAUCAAAUCUCAACUACUAGCACAAGACAAAAUCCAGUCCGCUAUUACUCCCGCCGAAGCGCAAAGAAAAAAGGUAUCUUUGCCCCGUAGAUCUUCACCAGUUGUUUCUCGGAAGCAGCGACCUGAGACUUUUUCAAAAGGUCAAGGUAAAAGUGAUUCGGAUAUAAAUGGUAUUUUACGUAAAAUUCGGGAUGCACAAGCAGCCGCACCAAAUGCUCCGAACAGUGAAUCAUCACCUUCAAACAGUCUAGAACGCGCGGGGAAAGCAGGGAAAAUCGGUAAAAGGUCUUCAGAGAGUGCAAGGUGUCCGGUGAAGCCAGAUAAAUCUCAUUAUCCUAUGAGUGCGAGUUUGGACUUGGCAGACUCGUACGCUAAAUCGGACAGUCGCAAAGACAAGGGCUAUGCCCCACCUCCCGGAUCGUUGUCAGUGUCUAGAAAAAAGAGCAUGUCUCUGUCCGAUCUCUUGAACAUUGGGAAAGAUUUAACUAGUAGUAGAUGGAAAGAUAAAGAGAGUGACAAGGACAAAAAUCAACCCAAAAUUUUGGAGCCUCUUAGUCCGCUAAGCCCGUCAACUGACGAAGAAACUGUUUCUCAUACGGAAGGAAAGAAAGAGGAGAAGAAGUCACGAUUUAGUCGACUUAGAAGAAAAUCAAGCCGAGCGGAACUUAAGGAUGGGAUUGCAUCUGGUCCUAAUAUUGAUCCCAAAAGAGCUUCAAGACACUUCUUCAAGGAGUCGCUAAUGUUGGAAUCUUCGUAA